AUGAAACUAUUUAUGUUAUUACUAACAGCUAUAGUAAUACAAGGAGAAGAAAUAAAUGAUGAAGAAGUUAUAUGCAUCAGAAAUGUACAACAUGAUAUUGAAGUACUCAAAACGGAUUUAGAUAGGCCAUACUCAUUAGUUGUAGAUUACAGCACUAAUGUUUUAUACUUCACUUACAGUCUGAACAACAUAGACGAUGUAUUCAAAACUGGUUAUAUAAAUCUAAAUACAAAAGAAUUCGGUGAUUUAGAAGGAGUUGAAAAUGGAUUCACGCAAACCAUUGACCAGAAUAAACAUGAAAUAUACAUCGGUACGAACAACGGCAUAUAUAAGUACGAGCAUGCAAAAAAAACAGCUGAAUUUUACGCCCUAACCGGCAUUGAUAUCUGGCAUAUAUAUUUUAAGGAUAUAAUUUACUAUUCAAUAUUUCCUAACCAAUUCUUCUAUACGUAUAUCAAUGGGGAGGUGAUGAAAUUUAAGGAUUUACAAGAUACGAAGGUGGAUCAGUUUGUAAUUGAUAAUGAGGAUUUUAUGUUUUUCACGAACGCUACCGGUUUGUAUGGCCAAAGAAAAGGUAGUGAUGCUAGCAAGCUCUACAAUGAAUAUAAUACUGAUGGUAUAAGAGCUCUAACCACUGAUAUAAAUGGAAAUGUAUUUUUCUGUAGAUUUGACGGUAUUUACACUGUCGACAAAGCUGUAAGUUCAGUUAACAAAGUAUUAGAUCUAAAUGACGUAUACGGCUUGGCAUUCGAUAAUGUUAAUAAUAUAAUUUACUCGGAUGAAAGUAAAAUUGUACGUCUUAUACCUAAAAAGGAUAAAGCCUGUUAA